AUGGCCCCCGAUAGCCAUUCACUCACAAAAAUCACAUCAUCACCUCCGAACUCGACUUCGCACUGCAAAGGGGGCCAAGUUACUACGUAUAAGGAAGGGGAGGUGCUACAAGGUUGUACAUCGGUUUUAUCUUCUCAGGAACCUCUCCACCAGACGGUGGCGUUCCCUGAUCAGGUCAUGAACUCAUCAGUCACCACGGCCGAGCUGCAGUCAUCGUACGGUGGCGGAUGUUUGGAGGUUGGAGCCGAGAUGGAAGACUUCCGCACCUCUGGUUACGGAGUAAUUUCCCUCCCGAGCAUUAGCGAUAGCUCUACAGGGAUCAUGGUACAAAAUGUGCCCAUUCUACCAAACUUCCUCGAGGUGACUGCACACACCCUGGCCCUCACGAGGGCUAAGCAGCAGCAGCAGGGCGGUUCAGUCACCGACAGCAGUCACGGAAAUCCCGAAAUCUUAGAGACGACCGACCUUGAGAUGGAAAGCUCUGGGACGACGUACAAUGGAGAUUCCGACCUCACUGAUCCGCAGAGUGCGACGAUGUCCAGAGCCUCAAACUUGUGCGGACCGAACACAACAGCAGCGGUCGCGGCGGCAGCUGCUGCUGCCGCUGCAGCGAUCGCGACAUCGGCGUCAACGACGACCACGGCCACAACGACAACAUCGAGCGGUCUCCCCAUACCCGGAGGCCUUUGCAGUCGUCACCAGGCCAUGUUCGAGCAGGGAUUUGACGUUUUGCCGGCGCUCGUUGCACACCCGCCGCCGCCAAUGAGCAUUCAAUCUGCGAGUCACCUCGAAGUUGUUACCGCCGCAACCAAGCCUGCUGCCGGAGGCUCACACGUCAUGGGCACCAUCCGGUCGAUCGACUGCGGGACCUCGACCCUGUCUCGACUGACGCCCUCGUCGAUCCUGAGCGCGCCCACCAUUGUCACAACGUCUGCGGGAGCGAAUAUCCAACAACAACAACAACAACAGCAGUACCAACAACAUCAGCUCUCCCAAGUCCACGUCACCCAGAAUACGUGA